UAAAUUCAUCUGGCUCUUUUAUCAUCUCUCCUCUGGAGUAUUACCCAGUGUUAAUUGUCUUCCUGUUAUCCAGCGCUUUAAUCCCAGAGUGAGGGAAUUGAUGAGGAUAUGUGCAUUGUGUUAUGUCUGAUCACAGUUUGACUAGCAGAGUCUGGAAGUGGGUUGUACAGGAUGAGAGCAGCAGCCUAAUUGCUCUCCCUGCAUCAGCAGCAUCUAUAAAGCAUCCUGGGAAUUGCUCGCCCCACGUUCAGAGCAGCUGGUCACAUGAGCCUGGAUUUUCAGUUCAGUUCAUUAGUCAGCCAUUUUGGUCAACACCCUGCUUACUGCGCACAACCAAUCCUAUUAGAACUCAGCAUCCCGGCUCAUCUGAGCAGAUCCUGGAAGUGAUUUCUGCAGUUCAGGAUUUUUUUUUUUAAGCUAAAUUGAAAAUAUUGGUUUAUUUUUCAGGGUUGGGUUUUGUUUUGUUUUUUUUUGUAUUUUUUUUUUCUGCACAAAGGAGGAUUUUUCACUUAUUCAUGCAGAGGCCAGUUUUUUAAAGCCAGCUAAGGUGGCAUCGGCUGUGCAGGAUUUAAAGCCGAUAGCUCAGCUGAAAAAGGAGGGGGUAGGGAGGAGAAGAUAAAAGGAGAGAAGCUAGGAGAAGACCAGGCAUCAUUUUAUUUUGCUAUGUGGUAGGAACUGUCUAUGAGAAAAGGUAGUAUAGAAUUGUUCAUCUUGAGCAAUUGCUUCUUAAACCAUAGGCAUUUUUCCUUGUGAUUUGUUUUCAUCUCCCCCACCCCUUUUCUUGAGACCUUUGUUCCAGAGCUUUGGAUUUGGGUUUUUUUGGUGAGGAGGUUUUAUUUAUUUUUGUUGGGGUGAGUGUGUGUGUGAGUGUGUGUGUGUGAGUGUGUGUUGUGGUCCCAGCUGAGUCAUCAUGUCUGCUCUGACGCCUCCAACCGAUAUGCCAACCCCCACCACUGACAAGAUCACACAGGCUGCCAUGGAGACCAUCUACCUUUGCAAAUUCCGAGUGUCUAUGGACGGAGAAUGGCUCUGCCUGCGAGAGCUGGAUGACAUCUCACUUACACCUGACCCAGAGCCUACCCAUGAAGACUCUUGGGAGGAUUUGACAGAUUUGGUGGAGCAAAUGCGCGAUGAUACAGAAGAUCCUAAUUAUCUCAUGGCUAACGAACGCAUGAACCUGAUGAACAUGGCCAAGCUGAGUAUCAAGGGCUUGAUUGAAUCUGCUCUGAACCUGGGGAGAACUCUGGACUCCGACUACGCACCCCUCCAGCAGUUCUUCGUGGUGAUGGAGCACUGCCUGAAACACGGCUUGAAGGCUAAGAAAACUUUUCUUGGACAAAAUAAAUCCUUCUGGGGACCUCUAGAAUUGGUAGAAAAGCUUGUUCCAGAAGCUGCAGAGAUAACAGCAAGUGUUAAAGAUCUUCCAGGACUUAAGACACCAGUAGGCAGAGGAAGAGCCUGGCUUCGUUUGGCAUUAAUGCAAAAGAAACUCUCAGAAUAUAUGAAAGCUUUGAUCAAUAAGAAGGAACUUCUCAGCGAAUUCUAUGAACCCAAUGCCCUCAUGAUGGAAGAAGAAGGAGCCAUAAUCGCUGGUCUCUUGGUGGGUCUGAAUGUCAUUGAUGCCAAUUUCUGUAUGAAAGGAGAAGACUUGGACUCUCAGGUUGGAGUUAUAGAUUUUUCAAUGUAUCUCAAGGAUGGGAACAGCAGUAAAGGUAGUGAAGGAGAUGGCCAGAUUACUGCAAUUCUGGAUCAGAAGAACUAUGUAGAAGAACUCAACAGACAUCUAAAUGCUACAGUAAACAAUCUUCAGGCAAAAGUGGAUGCAUUAGAAAAAUCCAACACUAAACUGACAGAGGAGCUUGCAGUUGCAAACAAUAGGAUUAUUACCCUACAAGAAGAAAUGGAACGAGUUAAAGAGGAAAGCUCCUACAUAUUGGAAUCCAAUCGGAAGGGUCCUAAGCAGGAGAGAACUGCAGAAGGGCAAGCACUGAGUGAAGCCAGAAAGCAUUUAAAGGAGGAGACACAAUUACGACUGGAUGUUGAAAAAGAACUGGAGAUCCAGAUCAGCAUGAGACAGGAGAUGGAAUUAGCUAUGAAGAUGCUGGAGAAGGAUGUCUGCGAGAAGCAGGACGCCCUGGUGUCGCUGCGACAGCAGCUGGAUGACCUCAGGGCUCUCAAGCACGAACUUGCCUUUAAGCUGCAGAGUUCAGACUUAGGAGUAAAACAGAAAAGUGAACUAAACAGUCGUUUGGAAGAGAAGACUAAUCAGAUGGCUGCUACCAUCAAACAACUCGAACAAAGAUUGCGCCAGGCUGAGCGAGGCCGCCAGUCUGCCGAGUUGGACAACCGUCUCUUCAAGCAGGACUUCGGAGACAAGAUCAACAGUCUGCAGCUGGAAGUAGAGGAGCUCACCAGGCAGCGGCACCAGCUUGAAUUAGAACUACAACUGGAAAGAGAAAGAAGGUUACAAAACAACAGGAGCAUCCCAGGAAAGGUUUCUCAGAAGCCAGAACCCAAAACGGAUGGGAAGCACAAAAUUCAAGAGGAAAACGUUAAACCAAAAAAGCCCCUGGACGGAAGCCACAGGCUGCAGUCUCACCCUGUGGAUGAGCAGGAUCAGCCAGUGCUCUCUGAAAAGCCACAGACGUGUCAGCUGUGCCAGGAAGAUGGCAGCCGAACCAAGGCAACAGUGAAUGUGUGUAAGAACUGCAGAGGAACUUUCUGUAAUGCCUGCUCAACAAACGAACUGCCUCUUCCUUCAAGUAUCAAGCCUGAGCGAGUUUGCAAUCCCUGCCACGAGCAUCUGAUGAAACAGUAUUCCACCAGCCCAUCGUAAGACUGGAAGCCAAGACCUGGACCGGUGUCCCCACCCGUGUUAGAUGUCAGGAUCUCCUAGGGCCCAGAACUUAGAAUCAACUCCAUUGUUGACAGGACUGAUUUAAAUAAGCCAGGUCCAGGGAGAAAAGGCAGUGGCUGGGGGUGCUGGAAGGUUUGCUCACUUUCCCUAAUGACUGUAUGAAUAAAAGUUACUCACUUGAGCCUCUCUUCUAAAUCUAAACAACCCCACCUUGAGGACUUUAUUUUAUAACAUGUCUUUGGAGGGGCUAUUCAUUUUUAUGAAUAGUGAUUAAUACUGGCGUGGAUAAAAUAGGAGAGAGGGUCCAUACAGAUAAGAGAAAAAAAAAGAAAAUGAUCAUCUCCCUCUAUUACGUUUGCAGAUUCAAAGGGGAAAGAUAAAUGUUAACGGAGAUCAAAAUGAUGUUUUAGAUCAUCCCCAGGUGCUGCUAGACAUAAACAGUUUCCUCUUCACCCCCACUACCUACCUCUUUAAAGUAUCUCUACCAAACUGUGAACCCAAACUCAGGGAAAAGAAAUUAAAGAGUAAUAUAAAUUUUGAAUGUACUUAAAACAAUGUAAUUUAUUAUAGUUUCAGGACCAGAAAGGUCCUGGCCUUACAAGUUUUCAGUAUCAGAAUAAGAGGAACAUUUGCCAUUUCUCCACUUAAUGACUUCAAAAAUAAGUAUCUGCCCUUUUCAGAAUGUCCUCCUGCAAAAUAAAAGCCAACUCCCUUCCUAGGCCUUCCCUGCUCUCCCAAGUCAUAAUGAAAAUUGUGUUUUAAAGAUAGGGUUUGACUUUGCAGAUAGGUAUUGAAAGCAAAGCUUAGUCAGGUGUAAAGUAAAACAAUUUUAAUUUGUCCAAGGCUGAGAUCAAUUAGCUCAGAAUAUUAAAUUUUUUUUGAGUAAAGGCUACCUUCUUCUGAGCCAAGGAUUAGAACUGGUAGGUUUGUUGGAAAGUGUGAUAAUUAAACAUCUCUUCAUAAGAAACCCUUUGGGGAAAAUAAAGAGGGGGAAGUGCAUUCCACAAGGGAAGAAAAACAGUGGUAUGUGCUAUUUUGAUUAUGUUACAUGUGUCUAGAUUGUUGAUUCCAAUUAAGACCUAAGAAGAUAUGAUUCUGUAACUGGUUUAGAAUUCUGGGGUGGAAACAUCCUGGAACCAUGAUACUUGAUAAAUUCUCCUCAAAAGGGUUAUAGCCUGGGAAAGAGUUGUUAUUCCGGAAGUCUGGCCUAUUAUAUGGUGCAGCUGAGCUUUAAGAGUACUAGGGAAAAAUAAAUCUAAUAAUUCUA